AUGACCAGAAAUGAUUUUUCUAUGAUCAGAAAUGAUUUUUUCUAUGACCAGAAAUGAUUUUCCUAUGACCAGAAGUGUUUUCUUGUUCAACUUCUCUUCCAGCAGCAGUUCUGAAACUGCUGCCUUCCUGCUGCACAAGGUUUUGCAAUGCCUGGAGCCUGAGCCUGACCCUGCACUGGGAGCACUCGUGGCCCUGCUUGGGCAAUGCCUCUCCCCACUUCUCCAUCCCCAUCCUUUCCCAAUGCUGACUGUAGGAACAGGCAAGGGUUUUCCUUGGACUCUUUUAAAGACUGCUGAGAGCUGAAUCUGAAGCAGCUCCUGCCCAUGGCCUGGCCACCCCCUGCCCACAGCAGAUCCCACAUUCCCUGCAGGAAUGCCCCAGGGAUGCUGGAGGGGCCUGGAUGAAGGACAGCGCCUGUCAAACCGUUCCAAGUCCAAGCUGGUUUAUAAUCCCAAUGGAACACAGCUCACCCAGCAGGGCUGACGAAGGGAAAGGGAAAUAAAUGCGUGGUAAAGCCUAUUGGAAAGGGUUGCUGGAUGAGUGUGUCAUAGGCUGCUCCAGCACAUCAGCUGAGCUGCUUCCUUGGAAAAGUCUCCAAAGCAGCAGCUUCAUCAGGAUCAUGGGCAGGACCACAGAGGGACAAGGAUUGUGGCUCUAAAAGGGGGUAAAAGGCUCAUUCUGUGCCUGGUGCUUGGUGCAGGGUUUAGCCUGGUGCUGCUCCUUGCAGGGUGAUGGAGCACCCUGUGAUGGGGCACCCAACCAUGGCUUCACGCGGGCAUCGGAUGCUCGGGAUGGGGAAGGGUUUCAGUGCCAAUGGUGAUGGUGUUGAUGAGAGGGGGAUGGCUGGAGGAGACAAAGGGGGUUCCAGGGUGGUCCAUCCCCUCAGUGUCUCUUUGUGCCUUAGCCCACAAGAGGAGCCCAUCCCCAGUGUCACAGCAUCCCUUAUGGAGCAUCCCUGGUGACACUCGUCCAUUGCGAUUCCUUCCAGGGCCUAAAGGGGUUACAAGAAACCUGGAGAGGGGCUUUGGACAAAGGGUGGAGGGACAGGACAAGGGGAAUGGCUUGAACCUGCCCGAGGGGAGAUGGAGAUGAGCUCUUAGCAGAAGCUCUUCCCUGGGAGGGUGAUGGGACACUGGGAUAGGUUGGAGGGAGAUGCUGUGGCUGCAGUGCUCAAGGCCAGGUUGGACACAGGGGCUUGGAGCAGCUGCUCCAGUGGAAGGGGUCCCUGCCCGUGGAGCUGGAUGAGCUUUAAGCUCCCUUCCAACCCAAACCAGUUUGGGUUCUCUGUUUACCCCCUGCCUAUUCUACGUUCAUACCCAUUGGCCUCACGUCUCCAUCUGACGUCACUCGUGGUCCCAGUCGCUGGGUGAAGCGUGGUUAUUUCCACCCGUCACAUCUUCCUGCAGCCACCAGCUGUGGUACAUGCUGGGUGCAGAGAGCUCCCGUCCACGCACCGUGGGUUGAUGGAUGGCUUUUGGUGCCUGAUGCUUGCCUUCAUCCUUCAGCAAGAGGUGCACAGCACCAGUGAGGUGGAGAUGAUCGGCACCGUGGGCAGCUCCAUCACCUUCCAGCUGCAGAGCCUGGAGGGAGCAGCUGCAGCCUGGAGCUUCCACAACGAUGUGGUGGUGACCGUGAGGUUCGGUGACCCUCCAGAGCCCACCUUCUUUGAUGACAGCUUCAGGCCCCGCUUGGCCUUCCCCAGCAACGGCAGCGCGCUCAGCAUCUCCCAGCUGACACUGGAGGAUGCUGGUACCUACACGGCCAAGAGCGCCGGGGGGAAAACCACCUUCACCCUGCACGUCUAUGGGGAGCUGGAAGCACCCACAGUGACCUGUGCUGCUCACAACUGCUCUGCUGGCAUCUGCCUCUAUGCCCUGCACUGCACCGCGUCCGGUGCCGGCACUGGCAACGUGUCCUACACCUGGAGCAUGGGGAGCCUGCGGAGAGCCGGACCCACGGUGCUGGUGGAGGAGGCAGCACUGGAGGAGCUGCUCCUCACAUGCACAGCCCAGAACCCAGUCAGCAGCCGCAAUGUCAGCAUCAGCUCAGCCGCUGCCCUCUGCGCAGGCUCCCCCUUCAGCAGGAGGGCUGUGAUUGUGGCCGCAGCAGUGGCCGGAUCUGCAGUGCUGUUGGCAUCAGUUAUCCUCAUCGUCUGCUGUAAACCCAAAGGCUGGAGGAUCCUCCAUCUGCCUGCAGAUGAGGCUGUGAGCUCAGAGGCCAGAGCAGAGUACACCACAGUGUAUGCCCAGGUUGGCCCCUUCCAGCAGGUCUGCCUGCAAGAUGGCUCCAAGACAACACCGACCCCUGGGGCUGAGACCUCCAAACCCACCCGUUCUGUGAUGCCGGGUACAGCCCAG